AUGCGCUAUACUAUACAUUUUUUAAGUUCAAAAAACGACAGUUUCACUCUAGAAAAAUUCAUAAUGUCUAUUUUAAAAACUAUUCGAGAGUCAUGUAUAAAACGUAAAAUAGAAAAUUCUAAGAGGAAUGGUUGGCGACACGCCAUUUUUAGUCCUCGGACUAAACAACUUGUUAAAGGUUAUUACAAAGGAGAAUGGAAAAACGAUAAGAAAGAAGGCAAGGGUAAUGAGAUAGACAGGUCAAAAUUCAUCGAUUCGAAAUUUCAAAGAAACGGAUGGGUAUACGAAGGCAAUUGGCUGAAUGGUAAAAGACACGGUUAUGGCUCGUUAAGUAAAAUUUCGAAAAAUGGCAUUAUUCGUCAACGUUACCUCGGCGAAUGGGUGGCCGGGAAAAAGAACGGAUUCGGAUACGGCUGGUACAACGAUAACAGUUAUUACGAAGGUGAUUUUUGGCAGAAUAAACGGCAGGGUUAUGGUCGUAUUUGGUACUGUAACGGCGACUAUUACGAGGGCACUUGGAGAAACAAUCUUUACGAUGGCGUGGGAAUCUUUGUUAAAGUAAACGGAAAUAGAUACGAGGGUGAAUUUGUCGAGGGCAAGAAAGAAGGUCGCGGCACGUUUUAUCACAUAGUUACCGGCCAGAAGCAACGUGGUUUAUGGAGAAACGAUUCUUGCAUAAGUGGGACAAUUUCAGACUUAUAUUGGCGUCAGUCAGCUCCUCGACCGACGCCAUAUCCUAUUCCACGGGUAUGACACGACGAUGAUAGUAACAAUACAAACGAACUGGCCGAGGAUGACGACGCAAACGAAGACAUCGACGACAACGAAGAUACGGAACCCGUUUACUACGAACCUGUUUGCAAGAAGCCACCGAAACGUAUAAUCGCAAACGUAUGCGUGUCGGUAAACACGUGUACUUGUCUGGAUUCUAUUUUGUAA